ACCUACCGGCGCGCCCCGGGAAGCGCCUGCACAACGGUUAUCUUGUGGCGGGGUGAGAUGGCGGCGCCUGGAGCCCCCGUUACCGUCACCGUCACUUACAGUAAUGAGAAACACAGUAUUCAGGUUGCUUCUCAACAAGAAGAUGGUGAACCUACACUACAAGACAUGGCUGCACUUAUUGAACAAGUUACUGGAGUUCCAGUUCCUUUUCAGAAGCUGAUAUACAAAGGGAAGUCUCUGAAAGAAUUGGAACAGCCAUUGUCUGCACUUGGUGUUAAAAACGGUUGCAAAGUCAUGUUGAUUGGGAAAAGGAAUAGUCCAGAAGAGGAGGCUGAAUUAAAGAAGCUAAAAGAUUUGGAGAACUCAGUGGAGCAAAUAGCUAAUAAGUUAGAGGAAGUUAAUAAAGAGUUCACAAGUAUCCAGAAGGGAUUUUUAGCAAAAGAUCUCCAAGCAGAAGCACUAAAACAGCUGGACAAGAGGAUAAAAGGAACUGCUGAGCAGUUCAUGAAGACCUUGGAACAGAUCGAUGCCAUUACUCUGCCAGAGAAUUUCAGUGAUUGCAAACUGAAAAAGAAGGCAUUGGUAAAAAAGGUUCAGGUUUUUCUUGCCCAGUGUGAUACCAUUGAAGGAAGUAUUGGUCAAGAAAUAGACAAGCUACAGUCCAAGAAUUUGGCACUGGCAGAAUGAGAAGGCAUUGCCCUACGUAAUUAGGAGACAUAAUUGCUCUAUGAGCAGGAAGAAAAGUUUGCUCUUUGUUUUGGAGCACGUAUUCCACUUUUUUUGGUUUGUUUCAUUUUGAAAAAGCCCGGACUGUUAGACUGGUACCAGCCAAUCAUCAUUUGCUGAUUGUCUUGUUUGCUGCUUGGUUAGACCUAUUAUUUUGGAGAGAAAAUCCUUCCCGGAGAAUGGCAGAAAUAAUCUUUGUGGUGAAGCGUUUAUUUAUCUUCUGGGUGAAUGUUUAGUUAACUAAAGUCAUGAAGUUUGCAGUGAUGGGCAGUUUUGUCUGCUGUGUCUUUGAAUUCAUUUGCAGCUCAAAUCAAAGAAGGUCUGUAAUCCUGCAAGUGGCCUACGUUGCAGUUGUGGGACUUCAGCUCGAGUGAAAAAGGCAAACCGAGGUGACGUGCGGGCGAGUUGAACACUCUAGUAGACGGUUCAGAGCAAUAAGAAAACCCCCUAUGUGUUUGUAUCUACUUUCAUGUUUGUAUGCAUUUAUAAAUAUAAGAAAGCUUGACUAUAAGGGAGUCAUACCUAUUUUAGCCUUAAAUUGUCAAAAUAAAUUGAAUGUACUGUAACACGUAUGGUACUGAAUUUUGAGUGGUGCUUUAAGUCGUUACUGAGCUCCUUGAUAUAGAGGUAGGUCUUUUACAUGGAUUUCAGAUGUACUGUGGGGCUUUUUUUUUUAUAGGUUAUUCUUAUUUUUACCAUUUGGGCUCUGUCUUGAGUUAGGGUAAGGAAAUGAAACAAGAUUACUCAUGCUGCUCGUACAGCAAGAGUUCAGUUCAAGCAACCUGUAACUAAGGAGCUGUUCUGAAAGUGGGUUUUAUACUUGUUUGGGGUU